AUCUAUGUGUGUAUAUGUCCAUAUACAAACCUAGCAAUUGAGAAAUACAAAUACAGGUUGGUAUGAAGCUCAAAUUAUGGCUGAAGCAGCUUUUUUUGUGGUUAGAACCAUUCAGAAAAAGUAAAAAAAGAACUGAAGAGAAAUGUUCACGUUUAGAGAUUUGCCUUAUUAACUGUAUUUAAAGCUACAAGGUCGCAUUUGAUUGCAGUUUCAUUAAAAUGAAAAUUCCAAUGAAAGAAACUUUUGUUUUGUAAAAUGUGUGUAAAUAACAAGAGCUCUUUCAAAGUGAAAUACAAAUUGUAUGUUCCAGCCUCUUUUUUUCUGGGUGUGUUGGUGGGGUAAGCAUUGUGUGAUACUUUUUCUUUCAACUACAAAGAGCUGUCAUCGAUGUCAUCCUGUCAGAUUGGAUCAUAAACGUUGAUCAUCACUGCAGACACAUCAGCAUGAUGAUCAACCACAGCAGCAGUGAAGCAUGGACCUUCAUCAACGCUUCCGGUCCCACCCUGCCUGUUCCAACAAGCGCAGCUAACAGAAGCAACAUGGAAGCAUAUCUUCAAAGACUUGCACAUUUAGAUGAAGGACUCUACAAUGACUUUUAUGGCCUCUGGGUCACAUUGAUAGUCAUAAACUGUCUAAUUUUUCUAGUGGGCAUGGUCCUCAACACUGUUGCACUGUACGUUUUUUGUUUCCGCACCAAUCCAAAGACCACAUAGGUGAUCUACACGAUCAACCUGGCCGUGACCGACUUGAUGGUGAACCUAUCUCUCCCAACCCGCAUCCUGCUGUACUACAGUGGAGGUGCUUGCCUCACCUGCUCCUACAUGCACAUUUUCAGCUACUUUGUCAACAUGUACUGCAGCAUCGUGUUUCUAACCUGCAUAUGCGUGGACCGUUACCUCGUCAUUGUGCAGUGGUCACAUACCCCUCCUUAUCGACUGCUCUCAAAAAACACUGGCUGCUGCAUUGCCAAGCUUCUCAUUCUCACCAUCACAGAGUUCUUCUUACCUUAUAUCAUCAUUUUGGUCUUUACUUUGCGCAUUAUGUGGGCCCUUAUUGACUGGCGCCUGAUGAAGCAAAGCAGAGAAAGGAGACAGAAAGCUGUUCAACUGCUGGCCACUGUGCUGGUCAUCUUCACAAUCUGCUUCACACCCUUCCACGUCAGACAGGUGUGGGUUUACUUCUACCCAGAUAUGCCGCAUAAUGUGAUUGUAUAGCACUUAACAGUCACUCUCAGCAGUUUAAACAGCUGUAUGGAUCCUAUUGUUUACUGCUUUAUUACAAAUAAUUUCCAGGCCACUGUGAGACAUCUUUUCCAGCGUGUAAAGGCGGAGCAGACCAGUGGUGAAAUUGUCAGUAUGCAGCAUAGCUCUUAGGCCUCAGGAAGGAUAGCCAGCGCCAACACUAAUAAUGUGAUGGUGAUGAUGAAAAUUACCGGCGCAGUGCAAAGAGACAAUUGGAGAAAGAGAUGCACUCCGUGGAACUUCUCACUGUUUGCUUGGCAAUAA